AUGCCGUCUCUUCUUCAAUCUAUAACAAUAACCACAUGUAUCUUGUUUGUUCUCAUGGUUGUUCUUUCGUGGAGGUUGUUCGAAUUCAAAGAGUAUACGAGCAGCAGUUUGCAACAUGUUCGUCAACAAGUUAUAAAAAAAUAUGUCAAUUUAACGAUGGGAGGUUAUGAGGAUUACUAUGAACUACUUAACUUAAUGGACGAGGAAGUGAAUGAUCUUCUUCAAGCUCAAACUAUUGAAUCAAAGAAAAGCCUGGAAUUAUCCCUUAAUUUGGCAACCGGAAUAGGUUCCUUCCUCCAAAUCAAAAACUCAAAAUGGAUGUCUUUGUACAUUUUCAUUUUGAACAUCAUCUUCAACAUCCUGUGCAUGAUUGCAACAAACAAACUUACGCAAACAUUACAGGAAUGUUUUGAUUAUAUACCGAAAGAGAGAAAACAUAAGCUUCCGAAGAAGAACGUUUUCCUGACUUUCCAUAAACAGUUGGCUGAGGGGAAAGAACCUGAAAUCAAAGUAGUUAAUGAACAAGGAAGGAGUGAAGCUUUCAACAGAAUCCUUCCACACUUCCGGUCGGAGCUGGUUCAAUCAGUUCAACACACUUAUCCCAGUCUUCUUCCACUAUUUAUUUAUAUGAUCAUAAUAUUCUUCACGACUUGUAUUCAUUGCUGGAUUGAGUCUCUGGAAUUUUUGCCCGCACUGCAACACAUUUCCGAGUAUAUAAAUGGAAUAGAGUUUGAUGAAAGUAUUCAUGUUGUUCUAAUGGCUUUCUGUUUGUUGUCCAAAGUUUUCUAUGUCACAAUGGUCUGGAGCACUGCUGAAUUUUUCAUUCAAUUCUGUUCUUGGAUAUGCAGAAUCAAGUUCACCCCACAACCACUUCUCAUUGAAUGA